UAAUGUAAGUUUUUUCUGCUUCACAGCUGGAUUGUGGGGUUUAUCAUUUAUGCGACCAGAAUAUUAAUUUCAGGAUUUGGACUUUCUUCACAUUUUUGUCAUUUUGGUGUUUUUUUUAUACCUUUUAACCAUAAUCAGACAAAAGUAUGACAACUCAAGAUGUGCAUGGCCAGCUUGUGUAGUUUUCAUGACGAAGUUCAGACUUCAGACAUUUCACUUCUCUCUCUAAACAGGUUUGACAUUUUCCGCCAAAAAAGUGGUUAAGGUCACUUGACUCACCCUCUUAACUUUGUUUUAAUAGAAUUCUUCAAUGCCUAUCUUUAAGGUAAAUUAAUUAGAAAAGAUGAGGGUUCCAUGCGGACUUACUGUUACUUAGUAAAUAAAAAGAUUCCUUGCAUUUCCCACAUAUCUUGCCUUCUCCAUAUUCCUUGCUUUUGUAAGGCACCAAUAUAUAGAUUCCAUUUACAUAUUCUUCAUCCACAAUCCACUUCCUUAAAACUAAACCAUAUCUCAGUUGCUCCAAUUUUACAGCUCCAUGGUUCGGGAGUCACAGACACAGAUACAGGUCCGAGUGGACUGUAAUGGGUGCGUGCAGAAGAUCAAGAAAGCGCUCAAAGGCAUCAAUGGUAUACAUGAUUUUCAUGUCGACUUCCAUCGCCAAAAGCUAACUAUUAUUGGGUGGGCAGAUCCAGAAAAAGUUGUCAGAGCAAUUAAGAAGACUAAGAAGAAUGCCAUCAUAUGCUCUAACAUUGAACUAGCAUCUCCAUCUAAGCCAACAGAACCAGAACCAAGAGAGCAUGCUCCAGGCCCUGAUGAAGGACAACCACAGCCAGCAGAAACUCCACCAGCCCAAGCAAGCCGCUCAUCAGAACCACCACCUGAGGCAGCACCAUCAACCGCACCUACACGGCACUAUGCCGCCACCCAGCAGUGGCAGAACCCAGGAACAAAAGACAUAGGACAGGUUCAUAUGAUACACCAUCAUCAGCCUAACUACGUUAACAGAUUCAGCUCUGAGGCAGCAUCAUCGACCGCAUCUACAUGGCACAGCGCCACCCAGCAGUGGCAGAACAACCCAGGAACAGAAGAUAUAAGACAGGCUCAUAUGAUGCUCCAUCAUCACCACCCUAACUACAUUAACAGUUCUGGCCACAACUAUGUUGACCUCAGGGACAGAUACCAUAAUAGCCAGGUGUUUCUACAUGAGCAAUCCCAAUCAAUGCAUGUCACACACAGCUAUAAUACACAUAUGCCAUCAUCUUAUGUCACUGAAUAUGAAUAUGUCAGCUCACCAUCAUGGCACGCACAUUACAAUCAUAUGGAACACUACAAUGGAGACUACCAAAAUGGCAAUGUAAACAUCACAUCCAUGUUCAGCGAUGACAAUCCGAAUGCAUGUAGCAUAGUAUAGUAAGGUCUCAAGAGAUAUUAUGAAAUGUAAAGAAGUCUCUUGUUCUUUCUAA